AUGGCUGCCCAUUCGGGAGGUACCGAUUGGGCUGCAAUUUUAAAACCAUUUGUUUCAUCGUCAAGUGAAAGUAUAGGCAAAAAUGAUAUGACCAAUUUGGUCAAAGCCAUCAUCCAAAAUGAAAAUGAAAUCCUCGAACAUGAUCCGGCUAGCAAGCAGUUUUUCGACAACUUUGUCGUGCUGGCAGCAGAAAAUAUCGCUAACCAGGUCACAUCGCUGUCCCAAACGAAACUUCCCCAGUACACCGAAGCUUCCUCCGUACUGAUCCGUUACGUAAUCCAACACCUGGACUCGACGGCACCAUGCAAACCGAGCAUUCUGCUGAUGGCGCUGAAGAUCCUUUGCGAAGGGAAAAAGACCGACGAGAACCAACAGCCGGCAACGGGUGGUGGUGGUGGCGGUGCGGUUUCGUCCAUCAUCUCGGUGUCCGGUAUGAAGUACUUAAAGUAUCCAGAAAUCCCCACCAACAAACCGUCGUCGGUUAGUGGGAGCUCAAGUGGCAGCAGUGGCAACUCCGGUUCCGGCACCUCCGACAAGGACAGCCCGAAGGUGGAGAUGAAGCGUUCGCGUUCGGAUCUGUCCACCGUGAUCCUACAACAGCUCACGACACCGUUGGGCAACGGAGUGUUCACGUUUUCGGCCCUCAGCGAAGAGCAAAUCGAUUGCACGGAGCUGUUCAUCAAACACAAUUUGCAUUGCAUGAAAACGAUCAACGCGGGCAAUUCGCUGCUGAACUGGUGCACCAGCGCCCUCACGACGCUGGCCAAGUACCGGAUCAAGUACGAAGAGUGCACCCUGCUCGGCCGUCCGCUGUACCUGCCGGUCACGAGCACCGAAGCCAGCUCGGUAAAGUCCAUGUUCACGUUCAUGGAGUCGGACAUCUCGAACCUGCUGCUGGCCAUCUCGCUGCCGCUGGUCGAACCGCUGACGCCGAAAAAAAUCACGCUCCUCUCGCAGUGCGGCAUUUCGGCGCUCUACUGCGGCGUGCUGACGUCGACCGCAGCAAGCGUGCUCACCAUGGCAACGGCUGGUUCACAAAAAUCGGCCUCCUCUGGGCAGCUCCAGCAGACGCAAGGGCAAUCCGCUACCGGCGGCGCCGGAAGCGCCCAGUCCCAAAAGGAGGCCGAGGAGGAAGAGGAGUCGGCGCGGGCCAUCGUGGACAAGGGGCUGGAAAUUUUCACCAAAAUCGGAGCCAUCCUAAAGUCUUCGACUCGGACGCACAUCUACCAGAACCACCUGUGCAUCGGCGCGUGGCUGCUCAUUUCCGGCAUCCAGGGCACGAUGGGUGCGUCGGGCAACACGAGCGGCUUGCAGCAGAUCGUCCCGGUGACGGCCAAAACGUCGGAAGAGAGCCUAAAGGGUCGCAGUCCACUGAAAACGCUCGACGUUCCACAGGUAGCCUCGGCCUCGGCGGCGCAACCUUCGCCGGCGCUGCGCGUGAACCUGUUCAAGGUGCAGCAGGGCUUCGGCGUACUGAACGCGGCCAUCGCCCGGCACAGCCUGACGCUACUGACGGAGCUGAUCGACGAUCUGAAGAUUGAUUCGCGCACGGACGAGGAAGAGUACAGCAGCAUCGAGUCGGCCGGCUUCGACAUCCUCGGCCAGUACACCUCGAUCCAGCGCGUCGUCCGCGUACUGAACAGUGCCACGCUCCAGCAACUGCUGACCUUUCUGGCCACCGUGUCCUACCGGAAGGCGUGCACCCUUCGCCGGAUCAACACCAAGAGCACCAACGAGGGCGAACCGAUGAGCUACAGUGACUCGACGACGUACUUUAACGAUACGUUCUCGUGCUCCGAGGAAAGCGAACCGGAGGAAGAGGACAGUGACAGCUAUCUGGGCCUCUGGUUCAAAGAAACCCUCUCCCCGGAAGCCAACGAAGAAAUGACCGAGUCACAGGAGGCGGAAAACAAGGACGAAAAGGGACGCCACGGUAGCAAUCUGGUGCCGGCCAAGGACGAACCGCACGAGUACCUCCAGCUGGCGUCGCUGAUCUUCAACUUCUUCGACAACUCACUGGGCGGGAACCACGUGUACCUGAACCGGUACGUGAAGACGGGCCUGAGCGAACAGCAGAUGGUGCUGAUGGCAAACAUCUUGCGCGAACUGGACCGCGAUUCGACGCGCGGCGAACAGGACAACUCGGGCUGCCUGCAGUGGCAGAACGCGAUGGUCAAGUUUUCCGGCUCGGUCGGCAAGUAUCUGCACAAUCUGAUCUCAAACUCGCUCCUAAACGAAUCGCUCCAAUCGGCGCUCCUGCUGCACCUGGGCGUUUCACCGUGGACACAGGACUCGAACGUGUGGCCACUGCAGGUGUACCCACGCACACUGGCCGUUCUGGUGCAGAUCCUUCUGCUGAAGCCCUCGCAGGAAAAGGAAGCGGCCUGUCUGUCGGUUUGGCACCGGUUGGUCAAUACGCUCGUGGAGGGUAUUUGCAGUACGCCGGCCAUUCCGAAUGAGUCGGAAGUGGAGGACCUUAACGUGGAGCACGCACAGUUGCUGCUGUUCCUGUUCCACUCGCUCAAUCUGAUGCAGAAAAAGUCCAUCCUCCUGCUGACGGCGGGCGGCGUGAUCCGGUGCUCGGAGGUGUGCCGAAGCGUGACGCCCGAGAAGCCGCUGCGCGAUCACCAGAUCAUGCUGCUGUCCCGGUUGUUGCUGUUUCUCGAGUACCUCAUGAAGCACCUGUACAAUCCGCCGAACGUGCUGCUGGAGCAGGUGCGCUGGAACCUGUUCAGUGUGUUUUCGCUCGACGGCGAACAGAAGCUGGCCGAUCUGGUGAACUACAAGACGAAGCUGAUGUCGUUCUGCCGCAAGGACAUCGAGGACAAGCACCGGAAGCUGGCGAACGAGUUCGUAGUGGGGGGCGUCAAGCCCAAGUUCUACUCGCUGACCACGGUUGACGCGAAGGUCCAGCAGGAGUUCAAGCUGGACGGGUUGGCGUGGAACUUUAUCCUGUGCACGCCCGACAAGCUCAAGUACCCGUGGCUGAUCGAUGCACUGAUCGACAUCCUGGGCAUUGCGGACAUGUGCUUGGCGCGCAUUCCCUUCCAGACGCUGUGCGCCGUUCACUACUGUUUCAGCCUGUGCUGGAAGUUGCUGCUUGGGCUGCCGCCUUCCACGCAGCACGUCGAAGCGUUGAUGCAGGAGCGAACGCCCAAUCUGCACUCGUUGCUGUGGUCAAUCCGCUGCCUCCAUCCGAUCACCCAUUCACACUACCUGAUCGUCAACAGUUUGGUCAAACAGGGCAUGUACACGCAGUCGGCCGAAGCCAUGUGGAACCGGCUGACGGAUCAUGUGUCCGACGUCAAGUACAGCCUCAAGAUGACCGUGCUCGGACUGGAGAGCUUCGCGAAGCACUUUUCCGCCGAUCAGCCGCGCCUCUCGCAGAUCAUUCUCCUCGACAGUCUCGUGUCGCAUCUGUACGCGAUCUGCUGGGCCGAGAAGGAGGGUGUAAACGUGAAAACCAGCAAACCGGCCGCCGCCGGUGGCAGCAGCAGUUCGUCCUCCGCCACUGCCUCGUCUUCGUCGGUCACAUCGCAGGCAGCAUCCGAUCCGAUUGGAUCGUCCCCGCAAUCGUCUUUGGGCGAGGGUUCCGCGCCUGCUGCAACGAUCGCGGCCGAAGUGUCCCGGGCCGACCUGACGAAGGUGCUGAUGGGCGCCCUGCUGGACGUGCUGGAGAUACUGCGCGUAGCCACAUAUGCAACGAUGUCGCAGAAUCUGAGCGGACAGAUACCGGCCUGCCUGAUGGAGCCACUGAUCGCGAUCGCUGGCUCGAAGCAUUCGUUCUGUCCGGAGCUGGCCCAGCAGCUGGUCGGAUGCAUUACUGGGCACGAUAAGGACGUGAUCGCGGUCGAGUGGCGCAAGAGUCUUUCUGGUGCCGGUGAGGACAACUUCACCAGCGGUUCGUUCCCGGUCGAGGUGCACACGCUGACGAUCGUGGAGGCGCACCUAACGGAAACCUCGAAGCAUCUGUCGUACUCGAUCUUGCUGUCGCUGAAGCACGCGUUCAAGUCGGCGAUCGAUCUGGUGUACUACAUGCUGCCGAACUACGACGACGGUAAGCUGGACGAGCGGCUGAAAGGGCUGCUCAUACCGAUGGUGUUCGAUCUGCGGGCCGAGUACCUGCACGAGUCGAUCAACCGCUGCCUGGAGUCGCUCCUGGGGGGUGACAGUAACAGCGAGGCGUACCAGUUGGCCGCGUUUUCGAACGUCCUGCGCCACAGCUACCAGUUCCUGAUCCAGUACACGGAGCUGUGCGCCACGCGGCGCACCACCAACGUGGACGAGUCGGUGCUGUGUAGUGUCCUGCGCUACUGGGAGACACUCCUGGACACCCCGAACGGUUUGCGGGCAAUGCGGGACUUUUUCUACGAAACCAAGGACGGCGAUCUGGUGCAGGUUCUGCUGUCCUUCACCGGAACGAGCAUCUCGCAGGCUUACUCCACGCACGUGCUGCAGUUCUUCGAGAAGCUGUUUCAGGCGGCCGAAAAGUUGGACGCUCCGUUCGACGAGGAAGAACUGUGUAUCUGCAUUGCCGAGCUGGCCGUUACGGACGGGUCGCGGUUGAAGAGCUGGCUGAGCCACAUUCUGCUCGGACCGGGUGGCAUCAGCCUAACGGCGAACGCUUCGAACAACUCGAGCAACGUUCCGACACCGACUAACAUGGCGACCGUGUCGGGUAUCACGGAUCAGUUGGCAGCCGGUGGAGGAGGAGCGACCACGGCAGGAACCUCGGAGGCUGCGGCGGGAGGUGCGUCGGCCACCGAUCCGGCGGCAGGGGCCGCCCCCGAGCAGCAGCAGGAUGCGAUGGACAUCGAUUACGAGUGCAUGACGAAGGGAGGCAGUGGCGGUGGCGGUGGCUGGCAAGGGGCCAGCAGUGGUGCCGUGGUGGACUGCGGUGGUGCAGAAAAGCCACCGACGGACGAUGCAUCGUCCGGUGAGGCGCUCGAGCGCAACGGAAUGUUGCUGCAGUCGCUGGUGAAGUACAUUGUGGCCGAGAACCGCAUCACGGCGUCCGUGUCGGAGGCACUGUUUCAGGCCCUGAUCCAGAUCGGCCACACGCUGUUGGCCCCGAGCCAGGAGGCGAUCGUGUUUUCCGAUCUGCUGCUCGUCAUGAUCACGCUUGCGGAUGCGGGCAAGGGUCGCGGUCAUGCGCUCCUAUUCGCGGCGGCCAUCGAGUGGUUGGACGUGUGCCGUGCGCAGGUGUUGGAAGGGGCCGGCAAGACAUCCGGUGCCGGUGCACAGGGCACUGGUUGGAAGGCGGCCAUACAGUUUAACAACGUGACCGCAAUACUGAUCUACAUGAACGAUCUGCUGCUGGGAUUGGGCGCGAAGGGAACGCGCAGUCUGGGGCCGCUGGCCUGGGACGAGGAUGGCUCCCCCCUGGACGCCGACGACCUGCUGGACGAGCUGGGGGGCAUCGGCGGCGGUGGCGGCGACGAGGAGGACAGCACGCUGGAAGACUCGGACGAGGACAGUCUCGGCAACAAGCUGUGCACGUUCUCGAUCACGCAGAAGGACUUUAUGAACCAGCACUGGUACUACUGCCACACGUGCAAGAUGGUGGACGGGGUCGGCGUGUGCUCGGUGUGUGCCCGGGUGUGCCACAAGAACCACGACAUCAGCUACGCCAAAUACGGGAACUUUUUCUGCGAUUGUGGCGCCAAGGAGGACGGCUCCUGCCAGGCACUCAGCCGGAGAAGUACCUCUUCCGGCGCUCACGGCGAUGACUCGAUCCUCGGCUCCGGAUCGGUAGCGGCCGCCGCGAUGUUACCGCGGGCCACCGACAGUGCGGACAGUGUGCUGCUGACCGCUACCGGUGCCCUGCGGCGGCUCAGGCGUCCUUCGAGCCCGGCGCACGAACCGGGUCGUGCCAGCUUCGCCGAGAAGGAACAGAAUCUGGCCAAGAUCAUUGAGUCGUCGCGUGAAGCACUCAACAAUCCGGCCCAGUGGCGAACGGUGGUGCAGUGCAUUCUGGCGUUCUUCAACUCGCUGAUGCCCACGAUCAAGGAUCACUGUGCGCGCUACUCACCGGUCGGGUGUCACUGGCGUGCGCGGAACGCACUCGAGCGCCUCCACCAGCCGGAAAAGUCGUACGUGCUGAGUGACGAGAUCAUGAUCGCGACCCUUGGCUCACAGGAGGGCGCGUUUGAGAACGUGCGCAUGAACUACUCGGGCGAACAGGGUCAAACGAUCAAGCAGCUCCUGUCCACGAACCUGGUACGCCGGGUUGCGCUCUGUUGUCUGGCUUCGCCCCACGGCAAGCGCCAACAGUUGGCGAUCUCGCACGAGAAGGGUAAGGUUACGAUCCUGCAGCUGUCGGCGCUCCUAAAGCAGGCCGAUGCGGCCAAGCGGAAGUUGACGCUGACGCGCCUCGCAUCGGCACCCGUCCCGUGUACGGUGCUGUCGCUUGCUUCGAACCCGGCCAACGAGGACUUUCUGGCCGUGUGCGGGCUCAAGGAGUGCCACAUACUGACGUUCACGAGCUCGGGCACCGCGAACGAUCACAUCGUGCUGACGCCGCAGCUCGAGACGGGCAACUUCAUCAAGCGCGCCAUCUGGCUGCCCGCGUCCCAAACGAAGCUGGCGCUCGUGACGGCCGACUUCGUGAAGAUCUACGACCUGGCCGACGACAGCUACAGCCCGCAGUACUACUUCCUGGUGCCGAGCGGCAAGAUACGCGACUGCACGUUCGUGUACGAUCCGGACGGUACGUACUACAUGCUGAUCAUGUCCUCGCUCGGUUACAUCUACACGCAGCCGCUCAGCGACGAAAGUCUCGCCAAGCACGGGCCAUUCUACGUGACCAGUACGCUCGAACUGGACCAUCCACUGAUCUCCGACGACAAUGGACAGAUUCUGGCCGGUGGCGUAUCGAUUUACUACUCGCACGUGCUGCAGUUGCUGUUCUUCAGUUACGCGGCCGGGCGCAACUUUAUGGCACCGCUCACGAACGUCAACGAGGGCGCCAAGUGUGUGAUCGCGCUGGUGUGCAAUCCGAGCUCGAAGCUGUUCUCGAAGGCCACCACCCAGCCGCUCUGCCAGUGGACGGAGAUCGCGGGCCAUCCGGGCCUCGUGUGCGCGAUGAUGCAGAGCCUCAACAAUCCGGUCAUCUUCAUGAUCAAACCGGACGGUUACAUGGCGCAGGAAAUUAAGGCGCAGAAUGCAAAGGCCAAGAUCAUGGACAUGGUCGCCAUUCGGCACUCGGUGUCGGGCGUCGAGAAGACCACCCUGAUUCUGCUGUGCGAGGAUGGGAGCUUGCGAAUUUACGCGGCCCAUCCCGAAAACACGGGCUACUGGCUUUCGCCCGAGGUGCAACCGAUCGCCGGGCACGCACAGCUCGUUGCCGGCGGCGGUUCGGUGUCGUCCGCGAAGCAAUCGUCACGAUCGCGAUCGCGCAAAGCUACUAAAGCACCGGCAGCUGCAACGGCCGCCAGUGGCAGUGCCACCGGCGGUUCCGCUGCGGGUGCUGCAUCCGGAAGCCGGACCGGAGCCGGUCCGGUGGCCGGUGUACCGGCCGCACCCGUGUUCCCGAUCGAUUUCUUCGAACACUGCACGCUCAUGAACGACGUCGAGUACGGUGGGAACGAUCUGUUGCAGAUCUACAACACGCAGCACCUGAAACACCGCCUGAACUCGACCGGUCUGUACGUGACGUCAACCAAGGCGAACGGAUUCACGCUCGAUGUGAUGAACAACGAUCAGAACAUGGUCAUUACGGGAGUUCGCAUUCAAAUCGGUUCCCAGGAUGUGACGAAGGCACCGCAAAGGGUCACGCUCCUGGGUCGGGCCGUCCCAACAGUGGCCACACGGGCCCGUUGGUUCGAUUUGCCGCUGACGCGCGAAGAGAGCCUCCAGAGCGACAAGAAGCUGUGCAUUCAUCUGGGGCCGUCGGCCGACGCCGAGCACAUCACCAUCCUGGACAGUAUCAAGAUCUACGGCAAGACGAAGGAUGUGUUCGGGUGGCCGGAAGAGGCCGAAGAUGCGCAGUCCAGUGGCACAGGGCUAAACAAUGGCGCGGCGGCGGCUGUGACGACGGCCGGAACAUCCACCGGGGAACCAGCCACGAAUGGUGGCGGGCCGGCGACCAGCGGUGGGCCGAUUGCCGUCGCCAGUGACGGCACCGGCGGUGGUUCCGGGGAUGGCCUCUACAUGACGUCGCUCGAUCGGAUGCUGUCCGGAAUGUUGCACGUGCUGGAGAGUGGCCUCUCGUUGCUCGGUGGACCGAUCGCCGAAGAAUCCGCCCGUCAGUCGGCGAUCGAUGUUGCGACCACCCUGAUCCUAUACCCGACCGUCAACGUGCUGCAGCACGAUGCCCGGAAUGUGCUGAUGACGUGCCACACGAGCAAAGUGGCGUACCACGCGUACAAGGAUCGCGAGAUCCUGAACUACAUCCACGAGCAGCUACGGCAGAUGAUCGAAACGGUCGACAAUGGGGACGUCGAUCCGGAGGCGUACUACCGGGCGGUGCUGAUGAUGCGCAGCAUCGCCAUCCAGCGGCCACACGCGAUGGCCAAGAUCUGUGCCGAGCAGCGGCUCCACAUCUUGCCGCGGUUGAUGGUGCUCAUGAAGGAACUGUACCUCAUCACGCCCGCCUUCGAGGAACCGGUGGCGAUCGUCAAACGAGGGCUGUGCCACGUCGAGGCGGUCAUCUAUUCGCUGGUGGAGAUCGUUUACGCGUUUGCGCUGGCCGACGCCGAGCUCGUGGAGCGGAUGACCAAGUUCUUCGUGAGCCUACUGCUCGAUCCGGCCCCGAUCAUAAGCCACAGUGCGAAACAGGCCAUGAUCCGAUUGCUGCGGCCAAAGAUCAAGCGCCGCAAGGUGUUGAUCGAAAGUCCGCCCGUUUGCACCACACCGACCCCAUCGGCCAGUGCCAGUGGGGCCGCACCCUCGGUGGCUGCAGGAGGAUCGUCUUCCCGUGAACCCGUCGCCGGGCCAUCGGGCAGCGGAUCGUCAGCGGUGGAAGAUUUUGGCGCCGGAGCGGCCGCCGCCGUUGAGGUGGACGCUAUCGAAUCGCUCGGUCUGGAACCGACAGCCGGAAACCAGGCGCUGGCCUCGCUUGAGGCACUGCUGGGCGUCGGGUUCCCGCACCUGCUGGAAGCGUCCGAUACGGACGACGACACGAUCAUGGAGAUCGCGAUCGCGCUCAGUCUGCAGGACAACGAGGUCGAUCUGCCGACGCUACAGCAAAGCAUCGCCGCGUACCAGGGCAACCGCAACCGCAACAGUGGCGGCCCGGUGGCGGCCAUCGCGGGCGGUUCCGGCGGCGGGUCGGACGAUGACGAGCUGUCGAACGUGGCCACGGAAGGAUCGACGCUCCGUACAUCGCCGGCCGGUGAGCACGCCGGAAGUGGCAGCGGAGGCUCGGAGAGUGGCUGCAGCGGAGUGGACAGCAUCGGCGGAACGUCCGGUCGUAGCUCGACGUACGAGGAGCAACCGAAUCCGUCACCACCGCGCACGUCGGUGGUCGAUCCGCUUGCCGGGACCUCAUCCCAACCAUCGACCUCGUCAUCAUCGAAUGUGGCCGCCCCUGGUCCUUCUACGGCUGCUCCUUCGACUUCGACCGCCCCGCCGGAACCGGAGCCGGCUUCCGGGUCCGAUGCGGCCACUGAAAACGCCACGAAACUGCACGUGCUGCGCUACUCGAUCCUCGCCAAGCUGGUGGACAACUUUUCGUCCCUGGACGGUGUGACCGGCGCCCAGUGCAUCCCGUUCAUGCAGGUCAUCCUGAUGCUGACGUCCGAUCUGGACGGCACCCAGGAAGCGGACCAGCAGGUGUUGGGCCGCCUUCUGCAGGCACUGAUCGAUCGGCUCGAGAUCCCAACGACCAAGAUCUACCAGCUGGCGCACCGCACCCCGAAAACGGAGGUCCAACUGGUCGUCCUGCGCCUGAUCGGUGUGCUGAUGGGCAAAGUGAAGUCAAAGUCAUCCUCAUCAGCGGCGGCCGCCGCUGCCGCCGCCACGGCCACGGGAUCCUCCGUUAACCAGGCCAUGCUGGACAAUGCUUCGUUCGUGGCGCAAGCGACCGCAAACGCGCUCAUGAAGAACAACGCCAUCCCGUACUGUCUGAUGAUCAUGGAAUCGUUUUUACCGCACUGGAAAUCUUCGGCCACGGCGGCCACCGUCGACGAGGGCGUCGCUUCGCCGGCAGCAGCAAACGCGGCCGCGGCCGCAGCUGCUGCCGGGGCCAAUGGCGCGGGAGGGAGUUCGAGUGGUGCCGCGGCCGGUGCUGCCGCUGCAAACAUUCUGCUAAAGCCCACUCUGUACGGGAUCGCGCCCGAUAUGCAGCCGUUCUUUACGCGCCCGUUCCCGAAGGGAUCAAGCGACGUGUUCGAGAUGUACGCCCAGGUGCUGACCGAGAUGGCGGUCCGGUUGCCGUACCAGAUCCUGAAGCUGUCGUCGGGUCACCCGUCGUCCCACGAGUGGUACCAUUCGCUGUGUGAGUACAUGACGGCCACGCUCUGCGAGUACAUGAUGUACAUGCAGUCGCCGGUCUUGCGCCGUCAGGUCCGCAAGCUACUGCUGUACAUCUGCGGCAGCAAGGAAAAGUACCGUCAGCUGCGCGAUCUUCACUCGCUCGAUACGCACAUGAAGGCGGUCAAAAAGUGCUGCGAAGUAGGCACGAGUCCAGCGGUGGCGGCCAACAACAACAGUCCAUCGCCAUCCACACCGAUCCUCGGGUACGAUGCGCUGGUCGAGCUGACGGAGCACUUCCGCGCGUGCCAGGAGAUCGCUUCGAUCCGCACCGGGAACUGGCAAAAGUUCUGUGUCCGCAACGCCGACAUACUGUCCGCGCUGCUCCACAUCAGCUGCUGCCAGCUGGAAGAAGGCGUUUCGACGAUCAUCUUGCAGCUGCUACAAUCGGCCAUUUGCAACACGGCACCCGCCGCCGCCGUUGUCGCCGUGGCCGCUCCUUCCAAAUCAGGAGAUCCACUGGCCGGGAAGUCAUCCGUCGUGGUGGUGAAGGAUCGCAAAGAUCGCGACAAGUCGGAGGAGUCGGACACGAUGGUUGCGCCGUCCGAGUCCAAGUUCGAUCCGGCCCAAUGUGUGGCGCUGGUGGCCCAAAUCUUCGCGCAGGUUGCACCCCACGUGCUGAGUAAGUUCAUCCGCAGCUUCCUGCUGGAAACGAACUCCACGGCGAUCCGCUGGCAGGCGCACGCGCUCGUGUACGCGUUCUACGAGAACAGUGCCGAGUUGCACAAGGAAUCGCUGCUCCAGUGUCUGUGGGGUCUCUGGCCACUGCUGCCGGCGUAUGGGAAGCGAACGGCUCAGUUUGUCGAUCUGCUUGGCUUCCUGACACUCAACACCCGUUCGCUGGCCGAUCGGUUGCCCGACUACACGGCACAGGCCGUGUCGGUGCUGCGCCAGCAGAACGAACUACUAUCGCGCCACCCGAACGCUCCGAUCUACAGUGCCCUGGCGCACGUGCUGGAACUGGAGGGCUUCUACCUCGAGUCCGAGCCGUGCCUGGUGUGCAACAGCCCGGAGUUGCCGUUCGGCAACAUUAAGCUGUCGACCGUGAAGGUGGACUCGAAGUUUACGACGACGACCACGAUCGUGAAGCUGGUGCAGAGCCACACGAUCUCGAAGAUCGUGCUGCGCAUCACGGACCUGAAGCGGGCCAAGAUGGUGCGCACGAUCAACAUCUACUACAACAACCGCACGGUGCAGGCGGUGGUGGAGCUCAAGAACCGGCCGUCGAUGUGGCACAAGGCGCGCAAGGUGACGCUCCAGUCGGGCCAGACGGACGUGAAGAUCGACUUUUCGCUCCCGAUCACGGCCUGCAAUCUGAUGAUCGAGUACGCAGACUUUUACGAGACGGUGAGCGGCUCCAGCGAGAGCCUCCAGUGUCCGCGGUGCAGUGCCGUGGUCCCGGCCAAUCCGGGCGUCUGCGGGAACUGCGGCGAGAACGUGUUCCAGUGCCACAAGUGUCGGGCCAUCAACUACGACGAGAAGGAUCCGUUCCUGUGCCACUCGUGUGGGUUCUGCAAGUACGCCAAGUUCGAUUACAGCAUCUACGGGCGAGCGUGCUGCGCCGUCGAUCCGAUCGAGUCGGCCGAAGAUCGGGCCAAAACGGUCCAGUCGAUCCAUGCCUCGCUCGAAAAGGCGGAUCGAUCGUACAAAGCGCUCCAGAACAACAAACAGAUCCUGGAGCUGCUCGUGCAGAAGGUGUCGGAACACAAGCUCGAUCGUGUGCUGGAUGAGUCACUGAUCGGUGGCGGCGGCACGGGAGUGUCAUCCGUCGGCAGUGGCGUCGGCACGGUGGCGUCGCAGGUGAACCGCGUGAUCCAGCUGCUGGCCCAAAAGUACUGCGUCGAGUCGAAAUCGACGUUCGAGGAGCUGAGCAAGAUCAUCCAGAAGGUGCAGGCCUGCCGCAAGGAGCUGGUGGCGUACGAUCGCAGUCAGCAGGACGCGCAGCAGGAGGGUGGUGUCGGAGUCGGCGGCACCGAUCGUCCGACGGUGGCCAUGAACAAGUGCUACGGCUGUGCGCUGGCGUCGACCGAACAGUGUCUGACGCUGUUGCGCGCGAUGGCCUCCAAUAUGGCGUGCCGGGUCGGGCUGUGCGCCCAGGGGUUGGUCCGGGAACUGGCGACGAACAAUUUGCGCCGCGGAACGGCCCAGCUGCAGGACGAGGUGCGCCAGUUGCUGUGUCUGUUGACGCGCGAUCUACCCGACGCCACCGGCGCCCUCUGCCGGCUCCUGCAAGAUCGCGUCCGUAUGGCCCUCUCCGGCACCGUGCCCCUGGUGUCGCUCGAUGCGGCCGUACGCCACGAGAUGACCCUCCUCGAGUCGAUGGUCGGCCAGGAGGACAGCUGCUGGGAGAUGAAGCUGCGCACGGUGAUCGAGCUAUUUCUGCAGGCAUCGCGCGAUCCACGUGGCCCCGCCACGGCCGUCAUCCAUCCGUGUUUGCGCAUCGUCCAGUCACUGAUCUGUCCACCGUUGGCGCGACCCAAGGAAACGACGGUCCAGCAGCUGUGCACCGUGCAGCCGACGGACGGCCUCACGCUGAGCUACGAGAAGUGGAUCGCGGGCGACACGAACCACACGUUUACGGCCUGGAAAGCUCGGAUGCCUCCCAGGAAGCCAACCCAGGCGGCGUCUUCUUCGCCACCACCGCAGGCCGCUCCGGUCGGUGGGUUCCGGUCGGCCCUCGAGCAACGGCGCAGCGCCGUGCGGAAUGCAUAUCUCGGUGAAAAGUACGCCAAACGGUGGCGUCAGCGAGCGCUCGCGAAGGGAGUGCCGCCGGCGGUCCCGCUGGAACUGCAGGCGGCCAGCUGGCUGCAGCCGAUCCUGUUCAACACCAACUCGCGGCUCGGCCGGACAAUGGCCUGUGCCCUGAUCGCGUCCCUGAGCCGUACGCCGGAGCGUAAGCGCGAGAUGCUUAAUCUGCUGACCGGAUUCCUGCGGUACGUCGGCGAAAGUGGUGAGGCGAGCGGUGAGUUCCUGACCGUGUACCGGUUGAUCGCGGACGAGUGCCCGUCGCGUCAGUAUCUGGCGCUCCAGGGUGUCCUGCAGCUGCUGGUGCAGCUGGUGACGGUGGAGAUCGAAAAGAUCCACCGGCUGGAGGAGACCACCCUGUCGACGGAUCUGGCCCAGGGCUAUGCGCUUCGGCAGCUGGUCGAGCUGAUGGGCGUGUUCCUGGACAAUGCGCAGAUCCGGAAGACGUACAAGGGCAAGCUGCUGGGGCCGGUGCUGCAGGGUUAUUUGGAUCUGCGCAAGUUGAUCGUGCAGCGGACACGGCUGAUCGACGACGCGCAGGGUAAGCUGCUGGAGAUGCUGGAGGAAAUGACUACGGGGACGGAGGAGGAGACGGCCGCGUUUAUGGCCGUGUGCAUCGACACGGUGCGGCGCACGCCGACGAGUGACGUCAAAACGCCGGUCUUUAUGUUCGAGCGCCUCUGCUCGAUCAUCCACCCGGAGGAGAACGACGUGGGCGAGUUCUUCCUGACGCUCGAGAAGGACCCGCACCAGGAGGACUACCUGCAGGGCCGGAUGCUGGGCAACCCGUACCCGUCGAACGAGGCCGGGCUGGGUCCGCUGAUGCGCGACGUUAAGAACAAGAUCUGCAUCGACUGCGAGCUGGUGGCGCUGCUGGACGACGACAACGGGAUGGAGCUGCUGGUGCACAACAAGAUCAUCAGCCUCGAUCUGCCGGUCAAGGAGGUGUACAAGAAGGUGUGGCUGCAGGAGGGUGGCGAGCGGGACGCGAUGCGCGUCGUGUACCGGAUGCGCGGUCUGCUGGGUGACGCCACGGAGGAGUUUAUCGAGACGCUGAACGCCAAGAGCCAGGAGACGGUGGACAACGAGCAGCUGUACCGGAUGGCGAACGUGCUGGCCGACUGCGGUGGGCUGAAGGUGAUGCUGGACCGUAUCGGCAGCCUGCAGAACGUGUCCAAGUCGCGGACGUUGCUGCAGGUGCUGUUGAAGCUGUUCCUGUUGAGCGUGAAGGUGCGCCGCUGCCAGGAGGUCCUGUGCCAGCCGGAACUGGGUGCCAUCAACACGCUGCUGAAGGUUCUGCAGCUGUGUCUGCUCCAGAGUGCCGACGGUGCCGACGCCCAACAGUCGGCCGUCACGGAGCAGCUGCUGGAGAUCAUGGAGACGUGCCUGUCGAAGGCCGCAUCCGACACGCUCGACUCGUUCCUCCAGUUUUCGCUCACCUUCGGCGGGCCCGAGUACGUGCAGGCGCUCCUCUCGUGUACGCACUGCGCCAACGUGCGCAACAACCCGUCGGUGCUGCGGCACCUGAUCCGCGUGCUGGCCGCGCUCGUGUACGGCAACGACAUCAAGAUGGCGCUGCUGUGCGAACACUUUCGCGCCGUGUUCGACUUCGAUCGGUUCGACGCGGAGCGGACGGCCGAGGAAGAGUUCAAGAUGGAGCUGUUCUGCGUGCUAACGACCGGCAUCGAGCACAACUCGAUCGGUGGCACACUGAAGGACUACAUCAUGGGCCUCGGAAUCGUCGAUCGUGCCCUGGAGUACAUCCGAUCGCAUGCGCCCUGCGUGAAACCGACGCUGCUGCGUACGGAUUCGGACGAGCUGAAGGAGUUCAUUUCUCGCGCCUCACUCAAGUACAUCCUGCGCGCCCUGACGGGACUGGCCACGAAGCACGAGGCGACGCAGCUGGCCGUGGCCAAGGACAUCAUCCCGAUCAUUCACCGGCUGGAGCAGGUGUCGAGUGACGAGCACGUGGGGUCGCUGGCCGAGAACCUGCUGGAGGCGCUCUGUACCGAGCCGGCCACGGCCAAACGGGUGCAGGAGGUGCGCGAUUUCACGCGCGCCGAGAAGAAGCGGCUGGCGAUGGCCACGCGCGAGAAGCAACUGGACGCGCUGGGGAUGCGCACGAACGAGAAGGGCCAGGUGACGGCCAAGGGCGCGAUCCUGUCGCAGAUCGAGAAGCUGCGCGAGGAAACGGGACUGGCGUGCUUCAUCUGCCGCGAGGGUUACGCCUGCCAGCCGAACAAGGUGCUCGGCAUCUACACCUUCACCAAGCGCGCCAACGUGGAGGAGUACGAGAUGAAGCCGACGAAGAAAACGGUCGGCUACACGACGGUGACGCACUUCAACGUGGUCCACGUCGAUUGCCACAUGAACGCGAUCCGGUUGGCGCGAUCGCGCGACGAAUGGGAAAGCGCCUCGCUGCAGAACGCCAACACGCGCUGCAACGGGCUGCUGCCGCUGUGGGGUCCGGACGUGAGCGAGUCCUCGUUCUCGUCCUCGAUGGCGCGCCACAACAACUACAUGCAGGAGUGCACGCAGCGGUGCGAGAUCACGUUCAGCAGCUCGAUGCACGAUCUGAAGCUGCUGCUGUGGCGCUUCGCCCAGGAGAAGAGCUUCCACGAGGACGCCGGCGGAGGGGGCCCCCAGUCCAACAUGCACCUGGUGGCGUACCUGCUGUUCUACGGCCUGUACACGCUGCUCUCGUCACGUUCUUACUCGCGCGAGGAGAUGUUUCUGAGCGCGUACCUUCAGCAGCGCCCCUCCGAGCGCUGGCUCGAGGUCGCGUACGAUGCCGAGGGUCCGGUUUAUCUGCUCACCAUGUCGCUGGCACUGCACACACCGGAACUGUGGGCCCGCUACAAGCUGGCGCACCUGCGCCGCCUGAUCGCCAUCGGUCACGCGCGUCACGUCAGCCCGAACUCGGUGUGCAAGUUCUUGGCGCCGGCCGAUAAACGCCCCAAGGAGUACGCCGUCUACAAGCCGUACCUCAUGUUCUGGGCCCUCACGGAGCUCCUGUACCGGGACAGCUUCCGGGGGGUCGCCCCGCCCAAGGAGCUGGAAGACUGGCCGAUCUCGCUGUUCAACUACAUCCGCCGGAACGACGAGACGCUGCUCAAAUCGGCCGACAGCACGCUGCAAACGUUCACCGAGGAGUACCUACCGUGCGCCUCCUUUGGCGAGUUUUGUGACGUGGCCGGUUUGCUCGGGGACAUUGACAACCCGGACGGGUGGAUGGAGGACUUGCUUCAGGCGUUGCCGUCCCCAGGAGGGGCUUCGAGUAGCAGCAGCAGUGGCGCAGGCACCAGCAGCUCCAGCGGCACCGGAGCUCCGGAGUAAAAGGGUCGAAAUCAUGAGCCCCAAAGCUGCUUAGUCAAUCGCAAAUAAUCGCAAAAUUAUCGAAACAUUAUGAAAAUUACACACUUCUUCGUGCGAGCUUCAGCUCUCUCCCUUCCGCUAGCUGCCGCAUGCACCGGUCGCAGCUGGAGCGCUUUAACGCAGAAAUAUAUAUCUAACCAUGCGCUGUGUGGUGGGAACCUUUAGCAUAUAUUGUCAUAAACACUCAGCACCUAAUAAAUAUAU